AGCAGAGAGCUGUGAGACAGGAGUCAGUCACAGAAGUUUUUCUUUACUUUGCAUUUGGUUUCUCGUUUUUUUUGUUUGUUUGUUUGUUUGUUUGUUUGUUCACCAUGAAGCUUGUAUGGGGUUUGGUUGUUAUCCUCACUUUGUUUUUUGUUGUAAACUCGGCUCCACCAACAUGCUAUUCCAGAGUAUUAACUUUGAACAAAGAAAUUAUGGAGUCCCUGGACAAGCUACAAAAGUAUCGACGUACGAAACACUGUAUGGAGGUUUUGCCCAAGAUGUACCUUGAUGUUCACAACUCGUGUGUAAUGACCAAACUUCGAGAUGUCAUGUAUAUUCUGGAAAACCUUCCCACUCCCCAAUGUAGAGAAAAACCCAGAAUAAUUGGAUUGAAGCGCAAAAUCAGAAGCUUGUACACCAUUAUCAACAAAGUGUGCUACAGGGAUUUGGUAUUUUUUACCGAUGAUUGUGAUGCCUUGGAAACGGGUCAUAGCACUCCUAGACAAGGAGAAGAACAGCUUCAACUUCUUAAAGAGAGAUGAAAAAAGCUGGAUAUACUUAGUGGCUCAUCGGGUGAUUUGGAACUGUUUGUAUUAGAGCAUAUACAUGCAGCAAACCUUCUACAGGAAAUUCAUUGAAUGCCUUUCAUUCCUCAGAAACCUGAAUGCAAAAAAGUACGACGAUGCUUCUCUGUAUUGCUGCCGAGUUACAGACGAGAGGUGCUGCGCUGGCUUUUAACAAUGAAACCUUUUGUGCAUGUGUAUGGUAUGAAGAAUAUAUCUUUAUGAAACCGGAUUUAAUACAGUGAAUAAUGAAUGUAACUUGUGUACGACUUUUAACUGAAGGUUGUUUCAUAUGUAAUUCAAUAUACAACCACAAUUACCUGUAGUGAUGGCCGUGCUUAUCUUUGUAAGUCAUCGUCACCUAUAUCUCCCUUAUUUAAAACGACUUGUAUAACCUUAGUGAUUUAGUCCAGAAACGUGUAGAGUUAAAUUACCAUGAGCUGUGUUGGUUUCAUUACACUACUGUUUCCAAAAAAAGUAUUAGGUUUUUAAAGUUGAAUCUUUUAGUAUUUGUCUUAAGUCGUUUUACAGUGUGCUGCUUGUAGACAAGUUUAAAAAGGUAUGUUGCUUACUGUUGUAUUUUCUUUGUAUUUCUGACUUAUUGUAUAUAUAUUUUUACAAUAAAUAAAGUCCAAUGGGUAUAGUGAA